UUGGCGUASUCGAACAAAAUCCAAACUUCCGAGAAACUGCUCGUUUAAAAUUGCGAUUUGUAGCGUCUAUCAUGGAACAAAUACACAGAGACGCUCUCCGAUCCAAUCGGGUAGCUUUAAUUCGUGAUUUAGAAGCGUCGAAAGUUGCAUCCAACCUUUAUGGCGCAGGAAUACUGGAUGAAAAUGACAAAGAUACCGUCCAGGCGAAAUCCACUCGAGAAGAAAGAGCACAAACUUUGCUUGACAUGCUGCCUAGGAAAGGACCGAAGGCAUUCAACGCUUUCUGCGAUGCCUUGAUAGACAUUUCUCCUCAUCUAGAAAGACUUCUCAAUCCCUCUUCACAGCCAACUCAAGGUGCCCCAACAAGUGAGAGUGAUGAGCGAGUGACUAGAGCUGCUGUCCAUCCAAGGUCCGUUGAGUCUACAUUCAGUGAUCAAACUGCAGAAAAGACUCCCAUUGCUAGCACUGAUGGUGCAUCAGAGAAUUCUGGGGAAGACAAUCCUGAUGGUGGCUUAUCAAUCUUUGGAAGUGGCAGUACCCGUACGCGCACAAGUGAGCCAAUUGACACUAGAAGUAUGUACAAGAUGGACAAGACCCCACGUGGUGUGGCUGUUAUCAUAAACAACAAGUCAUUCCUUCCUGCUUCUGGAAUGCAUCGGUAUCCUCGAAAUGGAACUGAUGUUGACCGUGAUGCCCUUGACAAAGUUUUCCAAAAAUUAGGUUUUAAUACAUUGGUUUACAAUGAUCAAAGUGUCUAUGAAAUCCAAAAGAUUUUCAAGAGUCUUGCUGCUAGAGAUUACAGUAAAGAAAAUGCAUUAAUAGUUAGUAUAUUGACCCAUGGUGAGGAAGGGAUUUUGUAUGCUACUGAUGGCACCAUUCAAAUUAGAGAUAUGAUGAGGUGGUUCAAAGGCACCAAUCUUGUUGGUAAACCAAAGAUCUUUAUCUUUCAAGCAUGCCAAGGUCAUGAAUACAUGGAUGGUGUUGACGCAACUGAUGCACCUCCAGCUGACAAGCGUGUCCAGAUCCCUGUAGAAGCAGACUUCCUUUAUGCAUACUCUACUGUUCCUGGAUAUUACUCUUGGAGAAAUUCAGUGAAUGGGUCAUGGUUUAUCCAGUCCAUUGCUGAAGUAUUUGACAAGUAUGCCAAGACAACUGAUCUUCUAACCAUGAUGACACGUGUGAAUGCUCUGGUGGCAACUUACCAGUCAAGGACUAACGAUCCUUACUCUGAUCGCAAGAAACAAAUUCCAAGCAUUGUGUCAAUGAUGAGAAAAGAUUUCUACUUCUAUCCAGAGAACAUCACCAACGGCAACAAUUAAAGUUGUAAUGUUGAAGUAAUUUUACAGGUUUAAAGACUAAAACAAUUUGUAGCUACAUUUUUUUUAAUGAUAUAUGUUAGGUAAUCAUGUGUAUAACAUAAUACACAUUAAUUUGAUCUUUGUUGUUAGUUUUUGUUCAAUUUGAAGUGUUUAUAAAGAAAGUACAGUGUGCCAUGUGUCUGUGAAUCAGCUGCCUAGUUUUCUCCCGCACAGUUCCCUCCACCAUCUUGAAAGGUACCAACAGCUUUGCAAUGAUGCAAGGUGAUCCAUAAACUCUCAAUGAUAGAUAACUGUGAAUAACUAUCCAAUAUAAAAGCUAAGGUGCCUAUGCAUGGUCAUCUCACUUAAAAUUGAAAAAGCAUGAGUUGCUAAAGGGAAUUGUGAAGCAGAAUAGGCAUCAAAUAAAAACUAUUUCACUGAAAGUACAUUGAAAGAACACAAUCGUUUUCACUGCUGAGCAGCUAUUUGUCCUUAGUGAAAACAAAAUAUAAAUUCAUAGAUAUUUACUGGUGUAAAGUUAUUAUGAUUUACUAAUGACUAAUAGUACCUGUUUCCCUCAGUUUAGUACCCUUUCCUUCACUUAAUGUUGGAAAAUAUUUUUGAAAUGUUUCACCAAUCAAUAUCGUGACAAAUAUUGUAACUUCAUCAUGCAUAGAUUUUACUUCACAGAUUAACCACUGGUACUCUGUUGUUUCAAUGUGACUAAAUGUUCUUUUUUUCUUUCAUUUUGCUGUAGAGUCAGCCUGCAUUACAUCCGCAGGGUUCGUACAGUCUUGAAAAGUCCUUGAUUUUUUAGCUAGGUCCUUGAAAAGUCCUUGACUGCAAAUUUUCCUUGAAAAGUCCUUGAAUUUGGAGGAAAGGUCCUUGAAAAURAUAAUUUAGUCCUUGAAUCAGUCUUGGUUGUUAUAAAGUAAUGUUUUGGGGAUCAAUUUAGCCCAGCUUUAAAGCAAAAUGACAAGUAUUCAAUUCUUUUUGCGAGACUUGCUGUACUGUUGUACAAUAUGGCGGCCAAGAAAUUAAUAGAGAUUGAGGGAAAUUUUCUCCAAAAGAAAACGUUCUUAAAAAAUUUGACUGCAGUGUUAGUAAGUUUACUAACUGUAUUUUUCUCUUUGUAAUUGGAGUCCUUGAAUAUUGAAAAUUAAUCCUUAAAAAGUCUUUGAAAAGUCCUUGAAUUUUGUAUGAACAAAUCUGUACGAACCCUGCAUCCGGUAAAAACCAGAUGUAACGCAGGCUACUGUAGAGCAUUAUUUUGUUAGAUUUUGUAUACUGAAAUAUUUUUUUUAAUAAGUUCAAUAAAAUCUAUAAGACAUUUGUGCACAUCAA